CGAUCUCAAACUCAUUCGUUUGCUUUUCGUGUUCCUACACACUCUCUUCUCUCUCUUCAAAAAAAUCCACUAUGAGUCGGAAGAGAGACAAACCCUCCUCCUCCUCCCGCCCCGUCCCCUACUCUCUCCCAAAACGGCGCCGCCCUCUUCCUCCCGACCCCGCCGAAAACCUGCCGGCCGCCAAGUCCCCCGCCACUGUGGUGGUGAAUGGCCUCUCUCCCGACUGCUCCCUGUUAGACAUCAGGUCCCGAUUCCAGAUCUACGGCGACAUAUCUCGCUCCACCAUGCUCCACGGCGGCGUCGCCCACAUCACCUUCCGCUCCAAAGACUCCGCCGACGCUGCGGUCGCCGCCUCCCUUGACCCUUCCUUCGGCAUCACCCUCAAUUCUAAACAAGUACAAGUAAUGUUGGCAACAGAUCCUAUUUCACAGUGGAGAGAAGGAGUGUCACGCGAGGAUAAUCCCGAUUCGUCGUCCUUUUCGUCGUCAAAACUUGUGAGAGCUGAGGUGCCUCUGAGAAGGCAUGGGAGAGGUAAUAAGCUAGAAUCAGCUAUUGUGAAUCCCAGAAGUAACACUGGUGCUUCAGGAUUAGAUGUUCCUUUCAAGGGUAGAGAAAUUGUUGCCUAUGAUGAUAUUCUCUAGAUUUCAAGAACUGGUGAUUGCAACGUUAUGUGUGCUAUAGAUGUUGUCCUUAGUGUUUGGCUUACAGACGCGAUAAAGGUUGGGACUUUGAUAGAGAUUAGUGAGAGUAAGUUAUUUAUGGAAUUUUCUGGUUUAUAUGAUGUUCAACAUGCUUUAGCUUCUUCCAUUGUACCUUUUGAUUGGUUUUGUGAGUGUUGAUAUUGAGUAGGAGUAACACUGAUCUUGUUGAGCUGAGUCCUUGUGUAAUUGCACAUUGUGUUUCAAUUUAUAAUUCUUUAUGUGGGAUAGUGGUGCCAUGGUAAUGAAAGAAUUUCCCAAUUUUGUAUUGGGAUGCAUUCGGUUCUAGGUUUA